AUGGAUGUUAUGGUAACUCCUAAAAGGGUCCGGCGGGUAAGCAUGCCUGCCAGGGUUUCCUCACGGAGGAAAUCUCUGUUUGGACAAGGCAUUGACAGCCCCGAAAUGUCUCCAGAGACUUAUUCGCCGCCUUUGACAUCUCCUUCUUCAUGGUCUGAAUCUCCGACAAGAACCCCUGUUAAGACACCAAUCAAGUCAUUACAAGAUGGUUUAACCCAACUUAACCUUGAUCAAACUAUGGAGCAUCGUAUCGGUGUUAUCACAAUUCAGACAACACCGACUAUGAAUGGUGUGAAACCGCUGAGUCCUGAUAGAGGUAUCGUUACGCCCAAAACAUUCUAUGGAAAGUCAACUUCACUGGAUCCUAAUAGAAACUUAUAUGAUACUGUUAAGGAGAGGGUGAGGAGAACGAUCGUAUUCGCACCUCGGGCAAAUCAGCCAUUUAAGAUGAAGAAGAGAUCCAGGUCAACUGAUACGGGAGUUAAGCGACGACCUGCUAAAACACCUAGGUUAUUAAGCCCCACCUCAAAACCUUUCUUCAAAGUCAAAAAGAUAAAAUCAGCUGAAAAGAAGGUUGAACGACCCAAAAUUGAAAAGAAAGUUGAACCUAAGAAAACUGAUAGCGGGAAAAAAACAGAUUCUAAAAAAUCUAAGCAGGUAUAUAACUGGCAGUUCUUCAAUUCCACUACUCCAACCUCAAAGGUGUCUUCACUUUUUAAAGAAAAGAGCUCAUCAUUGAUGACGCCUCCUCCCUCGUCAAAGAAGAGGAAACUCAUCUCUCCCUAUGACAUGGAUCACCUCAAAUUGAUCGAGGAUUCAGUUAUGAUAUCUGAUAAUUCGAACGAUUCAGCAGAAGUACUACCCCAAGCAAAGAGGCGACCUCUCAUUGACUUUAAUAAAUCAGCUACUCAAGUAGUAAUUCGACAUCAUAGCGAAGCGUACGGAGAGAAUAUUGCUGAUGAAAUAGCCGAAGACUUUUCAGAAAAUGAAGAGGAAGAAGUGGACAAAGGAGAAAUUGAUGUUGAGGAAAUAAUCGAAGAAUUGAAUAAGGAUGUUGCGGAAGUUUUAGAUGAUGUAACAGAAGCUGAACUUAAUGGAGAAUCACAAAACCAAUCCGAAGUGGAACAAAAACUGUUUCCUGUAUUUAACGUGAAAGCAUCAAAACCCUCAGGGGCUCAUGAAAAAGUAGCCGAUAUGAAAUCUACCGGUGGGCUGUUAAGGGCUGGCAGGGAUAACAACCAACUAAUACUCGAUGUUGGCCAGAAGAACCUCCGAGAAGUAGUGUGUCCACAGUGUGGGCUCCUCUACGUCAAAGGAGAUGCUGUCGACGAGGUGCAUCACCACAAGUAUCAUUCCCAAUACAGAGGCUUGCUUUUCCAGGGUUGGAAAAAUCAAAGACUUACUGGAAUCAUUGGCUUGGAUAAGAUUAUCUCCGUGAAAGGAGGUGAUCCAAAUCAUUGGUGGCAUAAAGUAAAGGACGUCCUCGAAAUUGUCGACAGGGAGCUUGGCUUUCCUGAACAGUCUUCUCUUCAUCCGGAAACGCAGGUAUUUAUGUACAUCAAAAAGAAUAAGAUUGUCGGAUGUGCUGUGGCAAAACCAGUCAGAUAUGCCCACCGGGUCUUGCCAAGUUUAGGGACUGAUGCUGCUCUUUGCUCAGAAGAAGCAUAUCCAGUCUUGGUUGGGAUUUCCCGCCUCUGGGUACAUCCAGAGCAUAGGCUCUCUGGAAUCGCUUCGUGCCUUGUAAAUUCAGUCAGGAAAAACUACAACUUUGUUAAAUAUCUGAAGAUAGAUGACAUUGCGUUCUCUUCGCCAACUGAAGAUGGGAGGAGGUUCGCCGCAAAAUAUUGUAGAAGGGAUGAUUACUUAGUAUACACUUACGAAUAA